AUUGUCGGUCAACCGGAUAACCAGUUUUCGGUUACUCGGUUAACCGAAGUACCUAUUAGGAGCUCCGACCACCGACCCAAGCAUAUAAUUUUCGAUUAUCGGUUAACCGGUAACAUCCGGUUAUCGGUUUAACCGGCCGUUAACCGGCAACCGAUAACCGAACCUCCAGCCCUACUUGUAAUUGAUUUGACGAUUUUAUUUGCCCGAUUCGGUUUAGAGCUGGCAGUUGGAGUGACGUGGAAAAAUCAAAAGCGUAACUUUCAUUCGCUGCUUCCACGACAGCUAUCAGUGGGGGAAAAUCCAAAAGCCAGUAAAAGAGGGAAAAAGGAAAGUGUCAAAGUAAAGCCAAACCAGCUCAAAAUUUUAAAAUAAACAAAACCAAGCAAAAGGCGUUUAACUCGAAAAAUUAAAAUCGAGAGCAGAGGAAGCCAACAGAUCAAAUCGGCUCCCCGAAGUACCGAAGCCCACUCCACUUUCCUCCCCCAGCGAGCGAGUCCUCACUUUCUCGCAACCGUCCCUCCGCCAUUGCUGCUGGUCCCCCCAGCUCUCCAAGCUCCAAAAUCCUGCCAAAAGAUAAGCUCAAAAGGCGACACCAGAAAGAUAGUCGUCGUCGUCGACGACGACAGCGCUGUUUCCUCUCUCGUCGUUUCCUUUCUCCUGUCGCCAUCGCUGCUGUUAGUUACUGCUCCUUCAAUAAUCGUCGUCUCUGUCUCACUCCGAUAUCGCUUAGUAGUUAGUACCUCGCAAAAAUAAGUAAGUCUGCAUUAACUCUCUUUCCCCCGCCUCUCUCUCCCGCGCGCCAUGGAGCUGCAUUAAUGGCGGCCUAGUUGCGGUUACCUUUUCUUUUCAUUUUUUUUCAAGAUUAUCCUCAUUCGUCCCGUGAGCUUCUCUCAUUCUUCAAUUUCUUGGAAUUUUUCAAUUCUGCUCAAUUGAGUUGCGUGGUUUCGGUUUGAAUUGCUGCGGCGAUCUGCCAUGAUUCCAUUGUGAUGUUCUGGCUAUUUCGAGAUUUUGAAAUCUGGCCGGUUGCGCCGAAUUUGGUUCGAUUGAAUUGUCUUGUUCCAGCUGGAAUUGUGAAUUCUGAUUUGCUGCCGGUUCUACUUUCAGCGAGUGGAGAGGUCUAGGGGAGAGUUGAUAAGGUGGUGGUGGUGUGCAACUGCGAUUCUAGGCAACGGUUAGGGUUUUGGAUGCGGUGGGAAUGGAGUCGAGGAUGAAGAAGUACCGGCAGGUGAGUCCGGAGCGAGCCAAAGUGUGGACGGAGAGGUCGCCGAAGUACCACCAGCAGCAUCGCAAAGUCCCCGUCGUUUACUACCUCUGCCGGAAUCGCCAGCUUGAGCAUCCUCAUUUCAUUGAAGUCCCUCUCUCGUCGCCCGACGGUCUCUACCUCAGAGAUGUGAUUGAGAAGCUUAACGUGCUGAGAGGCAGAGGAAUGACUUCUAUGUACUCAUGGUCCAGCAAGAGAAGCUACAAAAGUGGAUUUGUUUGGCAUGACCUUUCUGAGGAUGACCUGAUUGUUCCUGCUCAUGGAAAUGAGUACGUUCUCAAAGGUUCUGAACUAUUUGAAGAUUCCAACCCAGAUCGUUCCGCCAUUGUUGGAACAGUGAAGAUCCAGAAUAAUCUGAAACAAUUGCCAGAACCAUCUUCAUCCAAAAGUCAAGACGAUUCUUCAUCUUCAUCAAGCAUGUACGGGAAGGAAACGAAGCUCUCUCAGGAGGACGAGCUUUCCCCUCCAGGCCAACGUCGUUCUGGUUCCUCUAGCAUAUCUCCGGAGUCCAGAGAUGGGAAAAAUUCUACUUGGAGUGGUUCCGUGGGGUUGACAGAAUACAAGGUCUACAGAAGCGACGGGUUUGCACAUGCUGCGACUCAGACUGAGGAGAAUAAUGUAAGCGGGCCUAAAUCCAGAGAGACUUGCACUCGAGGCGUCUCCACUGACGAUGGUUCGCUAGAACGUGAAUGCAAUGGUGAUUCUCUGAGGCAGAUGCCUCGUGCGAAGAAGAAUUACUCCGAAGCGGGCGAGAAUUCAGCUUCACCUCCACCACCAUCUACUACUUCCAGCGGUGCAUCUUCAUCUGGUGGCAAAACCGAAACUUUGGAGUCUUUGAUCAGAGCCGAUGUGAAUAAGAUCAACAGCUUUAGGAUACUGGAAGGGGAAGAUGUUCGGAUGUCAACAAAUCCACGAUUAAAGGCCACGAACGUGUUGAUGCAGCUGAUCUCCUGUGGCUCUAUUUCAGUGAAAGAUCACAGCUUUGGCCUCAUCCCGACUUACAAGCCGAAAUUUUCUCAUUCCAAAUAUGCCUCUCCAUUGUUCUCGACGUCAAUCAUGUUCGGAGAGCUCGAUUGCCUGUCGGAUAACCCUACGUUGAUGAGCUUGAGACUGGAAGACAAAGAGUACUUCAGCGGGAGCUUGAUCGAGACAAAAUUGCCUAAGGAGGAAGCAACGACCCUGAAACGCUCGUCCUCUUAUAAUGCAGACAGGACGUCUAAGCAACUGAACCCGAGCGACAAUGGCGAAGAAUCAUCAACAUCUGGAAUGGGUUCAAAGUGCAUUCCGCUAGCAAUGAAGGCCUCAUCUAGCAAGCACCCUCGAUCUGCCUCAAUGCACUCCCCUACCUCCGACAAGCCUCGAAACUCGUCUGAUGGGGCAGCCGGCCUCCAGACUCCUCAAGGUGGCAGCAAAAGAGUCGUCGCAGAGCCCGGCUCCGGCAGAAAACAGCCCCAGAAACUGGAAUCCUUCAGGGAAGAAGAGAAUAACAACAACAACAACAACAACAACAACAAUAAUGUGAUCCAAAUCGAAGAAAGUUGAGUAUCGGCUUCGAUCCAUCUCUCUACGUAUUCACAUUCGAGCUGACCAAUAUUCUUCUCCACUGACAUAUCAACUCAUUACUGUAAACAGGCUUGCUUCAGGAGCUCGGGUUAUAAUCCAGUCCCAGGCAUUACCAUGUCAAGCUGCUGCUUGCGGUUCCUAGCAGACAGACGAGUACCAACCAAGCCUACAAUUCUGGAAAAAAAGUGUAUGUACCAUCCCAUGUGCAGAAGUUCUGUCUAUCUCCAGAAUGAAAUUCGAAUUUUGAAAUGAUUGGUGCUAUUAUGGCUUUGGGUCGCCCCACCAUCAGCCAUGUGAUUGAUUAUUUAUUUGAUUCGGCUACCGGUAGAAAAAAUCUCAAAGGCUGGUGGUGAAAAGCAAAAGGAAAGCCAAAGGAACUCAGUCAUCACUCAUUUGUUGCAGUGGAGCAGCAGCAGAUCUCAGAACUUCUUGUCCCCUCACUGACUGAGAUUUCCCAGCUAGCUUUUACUUGAAUGAGAAUUCCCCUUUCUUUUCCCUCCAUAACGUAGCUGCAGCAUGCCCACUUUUUCCCCCGUCACAUCAUGUCUUGAGCGGGAUUGCAUCUUUGACAUAAAGUGCCUCAUUUUCCCCUACUUGUUUUGGGCGUGUAUACGGAAGCAGUUGUGCUUAUAUUAUAUGCUUACCCUGAGAUGGUGUGUUCAAGUUCAACUCGUGUCGAUGGCAUUGUAACCGCUCAACGUGUUUCCUCGAUCGGUGUUAUUUAUAAAAGAUACUGUUAUGUUUGAUACAAAGGAUGACAAUGUGUUAGAGAGCAAGCAACCCAUUCACGUCGUAACGACAAGGCAUGUGGUGAACAAUUUGCUGCGAUUCAAAUGAGAUGAAAAUUCGUAGGCGCGCGGCUGCCUCUUUCCCUCCUCUUUCAUAGAAACAAAAAACAAGACACUUUCCCUCCAUCCAUGUACCACUGGGGGGACUAAUUUUCACUUGCUCCCAAAUAACUGUUCAGGGACCAAAAUUUUAACCUUGCUUGCUGUAGCCACUUGUUGCAAAGCUUCCAAAGUAUGAGAAACAACAACCAACAUUCAUCACCCACUUUUUUUUUUUUUCCUCCUCACUUCUACUUUCUCCCCUUCCAAGAGCACAGAGCAGGCUAAGCAAAAGCAAACCCACUAACCUUCGAAAUGGGGCUUUUAAUAAAUUGACAAGAUGGCAAGCGGAAAUACCUGGGAGCAAACGUUAUGUUAUAUAUGGCCUGUGAAGGAGGGCAUCCAAUGCAAGAAACAGAGGGGCAGGCAGCAGGCAGGUUAUGCCCUACUUGACUUCUGGUUGGAAUUUUUUACUAGUCAAAAAGAGAGCCACAGAUGAAAAGGUGAUUGACUUUGCACAAACACAGUAUCGGGGAAAAUUCAAAACAGCAUUAGUUGCUAUAGCGGUUCAAGCAUCGAGGCAAGCACAAAAGAGAGGCAUUGCAUUUUGUCAAACCGUUUUAUGUCAGUGUGCCGGUUUAGCAAGUGGAAUGGUUCGACCGGUAGCUCAUACCGGUUUGUGCCGGUUCAUACCGGUCAAUAUUACAAAUAAAAUUAUAAAUGCUCAUAUUAAACAUGACAUUUAAAGUCAAUACUUAAACAUUUAUACUUGAAUCCAACAAAUAACAUCAAUAUUUAACUUUUAUACUCAUAAAAUAAAUAAUAAAAUUAUUUUUAUCAAUUAAUUUUACUAAAAUAAGGUCAUUUUACUUAGAGAGAUUCGUAUAUCGAUCAUGCCGGUCAUACCGGUAAUGUCACGUCGGAUUUAUGACCGGUAUCAGUUGAACCAGGUCCAUGUGGUUGUCACGCCGGCCGGCGUGACAACCACAAUCUGCAGGUCGAGGUCGUUGGCUUGUUUAAAUUUUCAGGCUUGCACUACGUUCUUUUACAUAAUUAUUAUAUUAUUUUGGGGCUCUCCACACCCACAUUGGAUUCGAAGAGACUGGUGCACGCUCUAGGAAAUCAGUUAAUAUGUUAAUAAUGCUGGGAAACCACAAUCUGAAACAAUAGCGAAAUCCCUCGUAGUUUAAUCAGAGGGAGGGUUAAUGACAACUGUGAUUCUGGGAGGGAAGCAGCAAGUGGCCUUUUUUUUUUUUUUUUUUUGUCACGCUCGUAUCCCUUUGGUCUUUAAAAAUCAAAAGGGGAAAUGAGAAAGCAUAGCUAAUAACAUCACUAAUUCACUAUAUAUUUCACGUGGUAGAUGGACAAGGAAUAGAGCUGUUUGUGGUGAUGGGCCGUUCCUUAGUGGACCUUGCCUUGUUCUUAGCCCAAAGGCCUCUUUUUUUUUUUUUUCUGAACGAACAUGAAAAAAAAUACUUUUCCGACCUACCGGAUUCGAACCAGUGACCUAAGGAUUAACUGGCAGAUUUAACCACUACAGUCCUCCGCUCUACCAACUGAGCUAAGGUCGGUUGUGUCAUUAUGAGGUCAUUACCAAUGUAAUCUUAAUUACGGAUGGUUCUUCGUGUGUUCUCUUUAAACACAGGUGCAUAUUUCCUCCUAAUUCAUUUUUUUUUUGUCAUAGAAAUUCUUGCGGAUUAACCAGAUAAGCGUGUGGGGCCAUACCAAUUACACCCUUACACGGACUCAAAGACAGACCAUAUAGGAAUAAACAAAUAAUACAUUACUUAUAUCUGUAAACAUAAAUCAUAAUAGCAUGGAUAUUCUAAUUAGAUGAUUUCACGAAUCGGUAAUAGAUCAAGGAAACCUACCUCAAUCCAUGACGAGAGCGGCGACGGCAGCUUGAGUAGUAAUCACCAGAAUUGAGUUUCUCCCUCUUGACCCCUUUAGGUUUUAGGUUUAGAGAUUUCUAUGACGACUAAGAAAUUCUACGUAAUGGGUUGAGAGAGGUCCAAUCCUAGGGUUUCUUUAUAUAGACCCACCAUUAGGGUAUAUUAGGAAAUUACCUUUCAUUAACCUAACCAAUAUAUGACUUACCUUAUAUAUUAAACCAUUAAGUGAUAAUUACACUUGGGCCACAAUUAUUCACUAGUCAUCUAUACGGAAAUUGGGCUUACAAUAUCAGGAUAGCGUAGGGCAUUACGUGCCACAGUUUGGGCAGCCCGAUUCGCUUCUCGAGGUGAGUAAGCCAAAGAAACCAAAGGUAGACGAGUGAGCAUAUAUAACACUUCAUAUUAAAAUAGCUAGUUUUUGGGAAUUAACGUGGUAUAAAGGUUAAUGACGAUAAUCGGAAUCGCUCGCAUCGGAAGAGAUGUAUGGUAAAAUUAACAUAAUGAUCUUUGGAAUCCAAUAAAUCAGCAACAUAGUUCAAUUCUCUAUAAAUAUGACUGAUUUUGACAUCCCAAUUUCCCAUGAGAAGCUCUCUUAUCUGUUGAGCAAUCAGGCCAUAGUCACUAUCUGCGUUGAGCCCUGAAUUAUGUCAAUUGAUCAUGUUGAAGAAUCCAAAUUGAGCUUAACUCUCAUGUACCCUUUCUGCCAAGCAAUUUUCAAACCUUCUUCAGGGAUGGUCAUAGGGUGAAUCCCUUAUUCCCAUUGUCAUAAGAAAAGGUAAACUUCCAAUGACAAAAUAACUCAUUCCAUGAAUGAAGGUACAAACUACAGAAACCUGGUAAUGGUAUAUUAUUAUUUUUUCAUUUCAUAAUCAUCAGUAAGACAGUAACUAAGCUUUACUACAUUAUCCAGUGAUGAACAGAUAAUGAUUGACUAUUAUCAGCUACAAUUAACCACUGCCAUUAUAUAUAAAAAAACAUAACUAACCACUGAUUAGGAGCCACAUCGCAAAUUUUGGCGAAGAUUAAUUCAUACAUGCAUUAUAAUACUCAGCUGACCCAAAAUUGUCGGGCGAAUCCUAAGCCCGUAUAUAAAACGUCACCUGCUGCGCAAGCCCAGAGACCCGCUUUAUCAGCUUAACCAUUAUACUAAUCAACAUUACCUAAUUAAUGACAGUGUUUCGA